AUGAUAUUGCUGUUCCUCAGCUGGCCGCAAACGAGAUGCACAGAGACCGCCGACGUAAAGGGUGAAGAGAUCUUAGAUCAACUUGCAACCGCCUCGGAGACUGUGGUACACGCUGUAAAGCAGAAUGAAGACUCGAAGGAUCCUGAAGAACAGCCCUCGAGCGUAUCAUCGUCGUUAAACGCAACCGUACUCUAUGAAAAUUCCAAUGGCUUCGUGCCUAUGGUACCGUCCGCCUUACAGUCCGUCACGUACGACGAAUCUGACUCGUCGCAGACCAAUGACGACGAACAACAAGACAGCACCGCAACGAUUGCCGUAAGUGCUCAAGACAGCUCCAAUGCGAGGGCGAGAAAGAUGGAAGAGGACUUAGCAUACUCCUCGGAAGCGAGGAUCUUCUUGAGUCUGCCUAGAUCACUGACGAAUCGCAGGUCUUUCGAUUUCCAGGACGAGCGGCUGAAUGAGUUCGAGCUGCUGAAGGUGAACAACGACACCCCCGCGGUGGCCAAUUACCAGGACUUUUACGAGAACGUGCGCAGCACGGUGAGCACCGAGACCGACGGUGAGUCCAGUAAACCUUCCUCGAGGCGUCCAAACGGCGAUAGAGGGAAGAGGCUCGAGAACCACACUCGCAAUUACGGUUGGCAGUCGCAGCAACAAGGCAACAACGGGGAGGAUAUCUAUGCUCAGUUCUACGCGUCAUACAACAACGCCCAGGAUACGAAAAAAACUGUUUACGAGCAGGAGAAAGUCGCCGGUAAUUAUCAGCAGCAGAACACCGCGAAUUACAACGGGCUGAGCGCGGCCAAGCAGAAUGCAGCAGCGGACCCGUCCUCAUCAAGGACGAAUUACGAGGCCAACGAACUCGGGCAUAGCGGAACUUAUAACGAUGCGGCGGAAUCGCCGAGGACACGCCAUAGAUUCAUGAAGCCGGUCGUAGUCGCCGAGCCGAGCAACCACAAGGUAGACGUGAAGUUCAGCAGCCAGCUGCGAAACAGCGAGUCGGAUAACGAUGACAAAACCUUGAAAAACCUGGACUCUUCUAGCUUGGAGACCUCGAAUCACUACGAUCCUUAUAACAGUAACAACAGGCAGCGUAGUUAUCACCGCACGGAGGAUUCCAGAGAUCUCUCAAACGAGAGCACAGAAUACUCCGAUUAUAUCGACCGGCCGAGACCGAGAGUCGCGCAAAAAAAUCGGAGACGUCCUUCUUAUCCUGAUUCUUCCAGAAAACUUCCUAAAGAACAUCGAGGCACGUUGAACGAGAGCGCAGAGGAGGAUAAAUAUACGUACAACUCUGCGAGACUGAAGUCACAGCGGCACAGAACGAAGGCAAAUCCAUGGCUCGAUGAUCCCAGCGCGAAUCAUAGCGACGAGAGCGUCGAAGACAUCAGACACGACUCUAUAAGAAACAGCGGUAGCACGAAAACGAAGAGCACCAAUGCCCAACGUGGAUCCAGGUUGAAGAAUACUAACACGUGGAAUCAGGUAUCACCGAAUCUCGAGAUCUCUCAUUCCAGUGGGAUCCAGUUGGAUCAGUUGGAGAAGCCGAAUUACGUUGUCAAUCUUGUGCCCGUGGCAAACUUCGACCACGCGACCGCGUUAGGUGGCAGCCAGGGUUUCGACGUGUCCAACGCGAUGCUGCAGAAUCUCGCCACCGUCGCGCCGAUCGGCGCCUUCAGCACGCCUCAGUCUGUUCUCGCUCAGAAUUUAGCGAAGAACCUGGUCUCCACGCCGGUGCCCGAUAUCAUCGUCGGCCAGAACACCUUCCAAAAUCCCGUGCACGCGGUUCUGCUCUCCCAUCCGAGCGAUCAAAAUAAGAUCACGGAUACCCUGAGAGCGACCUACGUUCCGAGCACUAUGACACCUGUAUUCGCCUUCACGCCCGGGCUGCAGAGCGUGAGUGUUCAGGGCAACGUAACGCCGCGAACGACCUUCACCGUGGUGCCGCAGUCGACCAUUCAGACGUAUCCGAGUUUUCUACAGCCAACGCAGAUCCAGGUGAAUACCCACGGAUUGCAGGGCCAGAAUUUGAUAAAUCACGGUAACUUGCAGGGUCUGCCGACAACGCCCACGCUGUUGUCCAGCCCGGGGGCGCCGGAGAACAGGGCCAAUCUAGAAACGCAGAGCAAGAAGAACGCGUAUCCCACUGCCGGCGCAAACUUCCUUGCUACCGCGACUUUAGCCGUUGAUCAGAAUGGACGGAAGCAAGCGGCUAAUGUUAACCCGUAUUUCGUGCAGAAUCAGAAUACGCAGAAUUUGCAACAACUGCAAGCUCAAAUGAACAAACAGCUGGCGAAGGGCGGCAGACAGCCCGGUAUUGUGUUGCAGGCCGCUGAAAGCGUGACUAGUCAUUCGAUCAACAAUGCGCUUGGAGCAGCUCAUCUUCCGAACGUAGGCGCGAAGAAUGUAGAGAUUGUGAAUCCGAACCUUAAAUCGAGUCUUUUUAACACGAAUCAGGCGAUACACUAUCCGACUACAGUUGUGACGACGCCCAUUCCGAUUUUCAGCACAAUCGCCUCAGCUACUCCGCAAACUGCGCUAGGCCUGCAGAAUUACGUAAAUUCUCUGACAGAGUCCGGAGCCAAGGGUAAAGACCGACCAGUGUUCAAUCCAAUUAAUUUUGUUCCUAACAUUGACGUUAUAAAAAAUCAGAACGCUCUUAACAGUAAAUUGCCAAUCAACGAGCCUCUUCAGUCUGGUUUGAAUCUGGUGCCCGUCAUGCCCGGCGGAAACUUCUUCAAACCGUUUUCAGGUCAAAGCGAGCUGCUCAUGAAGCCGAAGCUUGCAUCGGACUUGCAGAAAUACGCGGAGGAAAUGUUCAAGGAAUCCCUGAAGACGAUGUACAACUCGCAGAAGUGGAACAACGACAGAAGGCCGGGAGAUGGUCAAAAUGAAGCAAGCGACUUGGCCAAACUGAGACUCGAACUGCAAAAAUUAAGGAGUUCUUUGACGGACGCGAAGUAUAGAGAUCUUCUCGAAGCGGAUCAGAGCGAGAACAGCAUACGGACAGCAGACGCGCCCAGAUCUAAAAAGAAACGGCUGCUACUAGAGACCUUGGAACAUUUGCUGAAAACGCGAGGAUCCGCGGGACCGAUACAUAUCUAUCACGGCGAAGUUAAACCGGGUCGCAAACCUAAAUUCGGAGAUUCGAGCUAUGCUGGGAGUUCCAACUACGAAUUCAACGACGACAGCCAUUUGGAAUUUCUCACGCCACCCAGGCCGGAUUCAUUCCGCUCGAAAGGUCGUUUCCACGAUAAACCGUUGAAGAAACGACCAGGCUCGAGAUUCAAGAACGGCCCGAGAAAAUUAGUGAGGCCAGGCAGUUCGUUUAGAACCGGUGGGAUGGAAACGUCCGCUAGCAACGUAGAAAUGUACAUGGACGGAACGCGUUACCGUAAGUCGCCCGUAGAUUUCGAUUCUGAAAGCUUCGACUACGAUUUUGGACACCGAUCGUUCCGUGAUUUAUAUCCAACGUUCACCACGCCGACACCGGAAGUCUUCGGCAAGAUGUUAAGGGAGAUCGAGAAUAACAAGUCCUACGACAUCAACCAUCCCAGGAUGCACAAUCUUAUGGGUUUACUAAUGAAGAACAAACAGUUGCCGAGCAGAGGCCCGCCGAAUUAUUUUCACAACAAAAAUCAGUUAAGGCAAUUCUUCGAGAGGGACAGGCGUCAGCGGCAGCAGCAGUUAUACGCUGAUUCCUUAAGAGACUACAUGGACCUUAAGAGAUCCGACGUUGCGUCGCAACCUGUUUCGGUUACCAACGGAAAUGUCUUUUCGGGGAACGGCACCGCGUGA